AUGUGCGUAUACAUCGCAGAACAACCAUCCAACGCGGUAUCAAUACAUGUCGCCCGGAAGCCGUCCGCCAGCGACAGCCCGUGUAUAGCCCAGCGCUCGUCUACCACCACCACCGUCUAUCGUAGCCUCCACACAACCUCCCUCCCUAUCGUCAUCGUGUCUCCCUCCGCGCCCCCUCCGAAUUUCGAUCGACGAGUGGGCGCGCAGACCUCGGCGAUACCUCACGCAUCGCUCCUCACAGAAUCGGCAGAUAUUGAGACAGCAGCACGGCGCGCAAGCAAAGCAAGCAAGCCCGCUUUACAGCUUAGCCGCCUCGGCCACCUCGCCAAUCUCGUACUUGGGGCCGUGUCGCUUCAGCACGUUCUCGCUGUGGUACUUCCAGAAGGCCUUGGUGGCGUUCUUGCCGGCGAACCGCUUGAGGAUCUUGGCGCCGCCGGGGUGCUCGUCGAGGAACUCUGCAGGAAGAAAAAAAAAACACAACUCAUGUCAGCGGUUUGUUUCUUUUUGCUAUUUUUGCUCGACUCUCAAGAAAAGCGCGUGGUUCUGGGCAGUGCGCGCGUGUGGUCGUGGUCGCUGCGGCUCGUGGUCGCGGGAGUCGAUCACAUGCGUCGCGCGCGACCCGCCGGGAGCCGUUGCCGUCAGCGUUGCGCUGCGCAUCGGCGACGGCGACGGCGGCGGCGCACUCGUCCAUGA